GUCGGCGAUCCCUAAGCACAGGGAGGAGGGGAAUUCGCAGGACGACGGUUCCGUAGAUCAUACAGAUGCGAUUCGAGUCUGUGCUUCAUCGCUUCACUCGUGUGGCGGGUGCUGCGUCUGUGUCGCUGCACGGGCGAUUGGUUGUCCGUGCCGCUCGAUCGUCUGGUCUGUCCGGCAACCAUAUUCAUAGUUACUCUUCUUCUCCGUCUUGUGGCUAUCGUCUCUCGCAUCAAUUGGGUAAGUCAAGACAAGAGCUUUCGCUACUGACGUGGGAGAGUGAGGUAGUGGGAAGUUCGCUCGGGACUCCUCGCGAGGCAACCUGCGGUUGGUGGGUACCGAAUCGUGAAGGCCGUGGGCAAUCCGACGGCCGAAUGGCGACGACAGCAGCGCUUGCUCGCGUUUCAUCACAGGCGGCGUGGGUGAAGAGUGCAUGUGGUGCUGUUGCUGAUGACUGUCGGCAUGACUGUACGAGCUCGUCAUCUUUGGCUCCAAGGGUGUCGAUGCCAAUCCGACUGGAGUCGAGAGGAAGUCAGAAAUUGGCGAGCUCCAGCAGCCCUAUUUUCUCAGAGAGGAAGCAUUUUGUGCAAGGAUCGCGCGCAAUUCGUUCCACAACGUUGCCCAUUCGGUCAUUCCCAGAGCAUGGCUGCCGGAGGAGCAUGGGAGCGAGAUGCGAGGCACCUCAGUCGACUGCGUCGCGGGACCCUCCUGCAGCCAGGGCAGCUGAGACUUUAGAGAAGGCAAAGGAGGCUGCACACAUUCCAUAUGUUGCGAAGAUGAGCAAUAAGAAUAUUCUCCGCAACCUGUCAGUUGCUGAGCUUUAUGAACAAGCUAUUGGCGACGAAGAUGACAAUUUUAUUGUCUCAAGUGGGGCUCUGGCUACAUUGUCUGGAGAGAAGACAGGUAGAUCUCCAAAGGACAAGCGUGUUGUGAAGGAUGAGGAACAUCAGCAUGAUCUUUGGUGGGGCAAGGGCUCUCCAAACAUUGCUAUGGAUCAGUACACGUUCAUGGCAAAUCGCGAGACAGCUGUUGCGUACUUGAACUCUCUUGAUAAGGUGUAUGUCAAUGACAUGUUCAUUGGUUGGGAUCCUGAAUUCCGGGUGAAGGUCCGAAUUGUGGCGUCACGUGCAUAUCACUCUCUCUUCAUGCACAACAUGUGUAUCAGACCCACACAAGAAGAGUUGGACAACUUUGGCGAGCCCGAUUUCGUGAUUUACAAUGCUGGGAAAUUUCCUGUGAACAGACUAACUCCUGGAAUGACAUCAGCAACAAGUGUUGAUAUCGACCUCCGGAGGAUGGAAAUGGUAAUUCUGGGAACGCAAUAUGCAGGCGAGAUGAAGAAGGGGUUGUUCUCGCUAAUGAACUACAUGAUGCCGAAAAGGGGUGUGCUUUCACUUCACAGUGGCUGUAAUAUGUCAGCAGAUGGUGAUGUGUCCCUCUUUUUUGGUCUCUCAGGUACGGGAAAGACAACUCUGUCUACGGACCCCAAUCGGCUUUUGAUUGGUGAUGACGAGCACUGCUGGUCUGAUAACGGGAUUUUCAACAUUGAGGGAGGGUGUUAUGCGAAGUGCAUCGACCUGUCGAAAGAAGGAGAGCCUGACAUCUAUAACGCUAUCCGCUUUGGCGCAGUGCUUGAGAAUGUCGUGUUUGAUCCACACACCCGCGAGGUGGACUUCACAGAUGGCUCCAUCACAGAGAACACACGUGCCUCUUACCCGAUCAACUACAUUCACAAUGCCAAGGUACCCUGCGUAGGGCCCCACCCAAAGAACGUCAUACUUUUGACGUGCGAUGCGUUCGGAGUCCUUCCGCCUGUUAGCAAACUGACCCUCGAGCAGACCAUGUACCACUUCAUCAGCGGAUACACGGCAAAGGUUGCUGGAACGGAGGUGGGAGUGACUGAACCAGAAGCCACUUUUUCAUCGUGCUUUGGUGCGGCCUUCAUUAUGUGGCAUCCAACGAAGUAUGCGUCCAUGUUGGCUGAGAGAAUGCAGAGGCAUGGGGCUCAAGCAUGGCUGGUUAACACUGGCUGGACUGGUGGCAGUUAUGGCGAGGGACACCGCAUGAAGCUCUCUCACACCCGAGCAAUUAUUGAUGCCAUUCACGAUGGGUCCCUCAAGGACGUUGCCUGCACAACAAUUCCGAUCUUCAAUCUGCAAGCCCCGGUGGCGUGCAAGGGUGUACCACCGGAAAUUCUCAAUCCAGUUAAUCAGUGGAAAGACAAGGACGCAUAUCAUGCAACUCUCAAGAAGCUGGGUCAAUUGUUCAGUAAUAACUUUGAGAAGUUCGAGGUCUAUGAGGCCGGGGGAGAAACACGCCGGAUUGAUGACAGAAUUCUGAAGGCCGGGCCACAGUUGAAGUGACGACCCGCCUUCGAGAGAGUGCGAGGAUUCAUGAGGACUGUCCAAUCACAACGGGAUGCAACUCUCAAGAAGCUGGGCCAAUUGAUAAGUAAGAACUUCAAGAAGUGCCGAGGUCUACGAAGCUUGGGGAGAAACGCGCCGAAUUGAUGACAGAAUUCUGAAGGCUGGGCCCAACAGUUUUGGAGCGAUGACCCAUCUUCGAUAGAGUACCAGGAUUGUGCUGGGACUGUCCAAUCACAAAGGGAAGCCUUUGUGCCACAUUUUUUUUGGCAAUUGUCAUUAUUCAUCGUAGUUCCUACAGAGAUCCUGCGGUGGCCUUCAGUCAGGUUGGUAUGGAUAGAAGGAGGGCGCUUCAAAGGUUAUUGUUGUUGUUGUUGUUGUUUUAUUGGAUGCCUGCCCUGGGUAAUGGCAGGGCGUCAUGGUUGUUGGCCCCCCUCUGCCAUGGGUAAUAUGGCAGGGCGUCAUGGUUUGUUGGCCUCCACCUUGCCUCAUUUUUGCAGAGUGUGUAGAGCUGUGUAGGAGAUGAACACGCACAAUGUGUUUUUGAAGGUGAGUGUUGUUUCGAACGAAGAAUUAUAUUAGCGUAAGCUUAACACCGCGGUACAGGUGCGCGAGGUUCUUUCCGAAUCUUUUAGAAGUUAGACAAUUGGUAGGGAAAUGUUCAUUUUAUAUUUUAGACACGCGCAGUUGAGUAGCGUCAGGUCUGUGAUGAAUCUGCGACUUUGGUUGGGAAGUGUUCAUUUUAUAUUUCAGACAUGCGCAGUUGAGCAGCGUUGGGUCAGACGUUCUACGAAUCUGCGCAUCCCAAAGCAGGAGUGGAUACGCCAUUUACCAAGGAACAUUUUGGACACCUCGACACCUCCUGCCCACAAAUAUUAUUUGCAUCUCUGAGGUUUGCAAUAGAGUCGAAUAGACGCAAUGGUCUCGGCAGUCUUUCCUCCUUUGCCCGUCCGUAUGUGUGGUGCAUGUUCCUGUUCUCCAGCGGAAACAUGUUUGAUGUUUUCUCCCUGGCAUGGAAAUAGCGGAAGGCGAGGGUCGUUCAUCGAUGUUUGAUACUAUUAGUUGAGUAGGGGUAUGUUAAUUUUCUCCAUGGAGUUAAUACUUGUGCAACUAAAUCUUGGUGUGGCAGUUGUGCCUGGAUCAGAUAACCCUUCUUUAAAAUAAAGUAAAAGACAGAGA